AUGGCACACAAACGCAAGGCGACCGAACACGGCUCGACUCGGGCCUCGAAACGAGCGACACCUGUUCCCAAUACACCGCAAGACGUUGGCAGCAGCGACGAGUAUUCCGAGUACGAUGAGAAGGUAGAGAAGACACAAGAGCUGGUCGAGAAGUUUUCCCUGGAAUCGUUCAGCAGGACACAAAAGGGCGCCGGCGAAGGGUUUGAUCCUCACUAUGGCUACAAGGACUUCUCGUCGUUGCCUCUGAAACCGGACCACGCCAACCGGCCUCUGUGGAUCGAGCCUCUCAAAGGCACCAUCACCCUGGAGAGUUUCUCUCCACUUGCGUCUCAGGCUGCCGACUUUUUGACGACUAUUGCCGAGCCGCUAUCCAGGCCCGUCCACUUGCACGAAUACAGGUUGACUGGAAACAGUCUGUACGCUGCCGUUUCUGUUGGCCUGGAGCCCAAGGAUAUCAUUCAUUUCCUCGACCGUCUUUCCAAGACUCCUCUUCCUGAUGCUAUUCAAUCUUUCAUCGUCAACUUCACCAAGUCGUACGGCAAAAUCAAACUAGUUCUCAACAAUAACAAAUAUUUUGUCGAAAGCACAGACCCAGGAAUGCUGCAGAUGCUUCUCCAGGAUGACGUUAUUGGCACCCAGCGUGUCCAAGGCUCCGAGGGUAUUACUCAACAGGCGGCGCCGAAGAUGGCUGGACUUGUCAUUCCGGGUACCAAAGAUGCUGCUGGUGUGAAACAGGCGAAUCAGAAUUCGGGGGACCAGGGUGCUGCGAAUGGCACGACAGCAGAGGCUCCCAAAGAGGACGAUUUCUUGGCGACUAUUCGAGAUGAGGAUGAUGAUGACGACCAAGCACAGGUUCAUAGCUUUCAGAUUCCUAAUGACGCUGUUGAAUCUGUCAAGGCCAGGUGUCAAGCAAUGGGUUGUCCAGCCCUCGAAGAGUAUGACUUUCGAAACGACAAAGACAACCCUACGCUUGAUAUCGAUUUAAAGCCGAACGCUCAAAUCCGAAGUUAUCAAGAGAAGAGUCUAAGUAAGAUGUUUGGUAAUGGUCGUGCUAAAAGUGGAAUUAUCGUUUUGCCCUGUGGUGCGGGGAAAACACUCGUCGGUAUAACGGCCGCUUGCACAAUCAAGAAGGGAAUUAUAGUCCUGUGUACUAGCUCCAUGUCGGUCGUCCAGUGGCGAAACGAGUUUAUUCGAUGGUCAAAUAUCGACCCCAGCGAUAUUGCCAUUUUCACAUCUGACAAUAAAGAAAAGUUCAAGCGAUCGACCGGUAUCAUUGUGUCGACCUAUUCCAUGGUUUCUCAAACGAGGGCCCGAUCAUACGAUGCCCAAAAGAUGAUGGAUUGGUUGACACAACGAGAAUGGGGACUGAUGAUAUUGGACGAAGUGCACGUCGUGCCAGCAUCGAUGUUCCGAAAGGUCACGUCCACCAUUGCUUGUCAAACCAAACUAGGUUUAACUGCAACACUUCUUCGAGAAGACGACAAGAUCAAGGAUUUGAACUUUUUGAUCGGCCCCAAGCUGUACGAAGCCAACUGGAUGGAACUGGCCGAGCAGGGCCAUAUUGCCAAGGUCCAAUGUGCCGAGGUGUGGUGCCCAAUGACGACCGAAUUUUACUCGGAAUACAUGCGGGAAAAGUCACGAAAAGCAGCAUUGCUAUACAUUAUGAACCCGCGAAAAUUCCAGGCUUGCCAGUUCCUAAUUGACUACCACGAGAAAAGAGGCGAUAAAAUCAUCGUUUUCUCCGAUAAUGUCUACGCUCUAGAGCGGUACGCUUUGAAACUGGGUAAGGCUUACAUUUACGGUGGCACCCCCCAGAACGAACGCAUGCGUAUUUUGGAAAACUUUCAGCAUAACGAGCAAGUCAACACCAUUUUCCUGUCCAAAAUUGGAGACACGUCUCUCGAUCUUCCCGAAGCCACCUGCCUCAUCCAGAUUUCUUCGCACUACGGUUCUCGUCGACAGGAAGCACAACGCUUAGGUCGUAUCUUGCGAGCCAAGCGUCGUAACGAUGAAGGCUUCAAUGCGUUUUUCUACUCUCUCGUUUCAAAGGACACUGACGAGAUGUUUUACUCCUCCAAACGGCAAGCCUUCCUCGUUGACCAAGGUUACGCUUUCAAGGUCAUCACACAUUUACAAGGAAUUGAAAAUCUCGAUGGCCUCGCGUAUGCUACCCCGGCUGAACGGCGUGAACUCCUUCAGGAAGUGAUGCUCCAGAACGAAACGUCGGCCGAGGUCGAGCUGGUCACGGACGACCUCUUCAGUGAGCGAUCUGGUGGCCAACGAGUCGCAAGGGGGAAAAAGGCAGCCGUCAAGCGCAGCGCUGCGACGCUCAGUGGUCUUGCUGGCGGCGAAGAUAUGGCUUAUGUGGAGUAUAACAAGUCCCGCAAUAAGCAACUCAAGGACAAGGCGCAGCAUCAUCCGUUGUUCAAGAAGAUUGCUCGGGAUCAGCAGAGACGAAAGGACGCUAUGAAGGACAUGACGUGA